AUUCCUCUAGGGCUUGCCUUUUUUAAAAUUGGAAGCUGCUUUUAUAGAUGCUCCUCCAAACACGGUUUUCAUUUUCCGUACUGUCCCAUUUAGACUUUGGAAUGCCUGGAUGAAAGGACAGGCCCCCAAGUGACUUCCCAAUCUGUUUUUGCAAUUCCAGCCAAGUUCCCUUUAAUGUAUGGAGCGAGCGAAGUUGAGCUGACUCUUAUAAUAUCACAGAACUCGGGUGCAGCUGCUGCUUUAAACAGCACUGUGUGAUAAUACAACAACUCUGCUAUUUACUGGGACUCAAGUGCCUGGACUGGCACACAGAGACAUUAUAUGAAAUCCGAAAGCAUGAGGAUAAAGGAGAUUUCUUUGCGACAAGACCCUGAUCUAAGAAAGGAGUUGGCAUUGCUAGCUCGAGGAUGUGAUUUUGUUUUACCUUCUAGAUUCAAGAAGAGACUGAGAGCUUUUCAGCAGGUUCAGGUUCAAGCAAAGAAAGAAGAAACUUUGCCACCAUCACAUAGUCAAAACAUUCCAACUUUUUAUUUUCCUCGAGGAUGUCCUAAGGAAAAAGUGAAUAUAGAUGCUGUGAUUGCCAAAAUUGAGAAAACUUUUUCUGAAUUUCCAAAUGAGAGGGCAACAUUGGAAGACAUGGGUAAGGUUGCAAAGGCUUGUGAAUGCCCACUUUACUGGAAAGGUCCUUUGUUUUAUUGUGCUGGAGGUGAACGAACAGGAUACGUGUCAGUUCAUAAAUUUGUUGCAAUGUGGCGGAAAGUACUACAGACCUGCUAUGAUGAUGCUGCGAAGUUUGUUCACCUUCUGAUGAACCCUGGAUGUAACUACUUGGUGCAAGAAGACUUCAUUCCUUUUUUACAAGAUGUGGUGAACAGUCAUCCAGGCCUUUCAUUUUUAAAAGAAGCAUCUGAAUUCCAUUCUCGGUAUAUUACAACAGUCAUACAGAGAAUAUUUUAUACAGUAAAUAGGUCCUGGUCUGGGAAAAUAACUUGUAAUGAGCUCAGGAAAAGCAACUUUUUGCAGAAUGUGGCAUUAUUGGAAGAAGAAGCUGAUAUUAACCAGCUGACAGAGUACUUCUCAUAUGAACAUUUUUAUGUUAUCUAUUGCAAAUUUUGGGAGCUGGAUACAGACCAUGACCUCUAUAUUGAUCGGAAGGAUUUAGCUCGACAUAAUGAUUAUGCAAUUUCAACUAGGAUGAUAGAGCGCAUCUUCUCAGGAGCAGUAACAAGAGGAAGAAAAGCACAAAAAGAUGGGAAGAUUAGCUAUGCUGAUUUCGUCUGGUUUUUGAUAUCUGAAGAGGACAAGAAAACACCAACUAGUAUUGAAUACUGGUUCCGCUGCAUGGAUCUUGAUGGGGAUGGUGCUUUGUCUAUGUAUGAAUUGGAAUAUUUUUAUGAAGAACAGUGCCAAAAAUUAGAUAACAUGGCCAUAGAACCUUUGCCAUUUGAAGACUGUCUGUGCCAGAUGCUGGAUCUUGUAAAGCCACAACAUGAAGGAAAAAUUACUCUGCAUGAUUUAAAGCGAUGUAAGUUGACAAAUGUGUUCUUUGAUACUUUUUUCAACAUUGAAAAAUACCUUGACCAUGAACAGAAGGAUCAGUUUUCUAUGUUGCGGGAUGGUGAAGGUGAAAGUCAAGAGGUCUCUGACUGGGAGAAAUAUGCUGCUGAAGAAUAUGAUAUCUUGGUAGCAGAAGAGGCAGCAAGUGACCAGUGGAAUGACGGGUAUGAAGCAGAACUGAAUCCUGUAGACCAUCAGAAGGCCAGUGUUCUAAAGUACCAAAUGGAGAAAAGACCAUUUUUUGAAAUGCCUUCCCAUCUGGCUGAUGUAGACUUGGAUGAAUAUGACUAUGAUGAGGAUUUUGAGUAGAGGUUAUUUAUGGUUAGCACUUGCAGAAGAGAAGGGACAGUCUGCAGCAGGUCUGCUACACACUGAUACAUUUCAGUGAGGUUUGUUUCCAGGAAGUCAGCUUAGUUUUGUGCUAAAAAUACCUAAUCAUUACACUACCUUUUAAGUAAAGAAGUGCAUUUAUAUGGAA